UGAUUUCGUGUGUUCAACAUUGACAUUGAAAGUACAAGAAGUUUAGCUUUUCGUAAACUUAAAUACCCCGCAUAGUUCUGGCUUUAAGGAAAAGAAAUAUAACGGAAAGACAAACAAGACAAACAUAUGGUAUCCCCAACAAGAGAUUCGAAAGCCAGCGGUCCGCGGUUGAGGGGUUUCAGAAUCUGGGGUCGGCACAUUUCAUUUCUGACCUUCUCACUAGCACUGGCAUGGUUCUUCCGCACCGCAACCGCUGCGGAUCUUUUCGGUUUCAGGGCCGCGGCAGAUUCGGAUUCCGAAGAAGGUGAAUUCGCUAGCCCCACGACGGACAGAAAAUGGGAGCUGAUACAGAACGACAAGGGCCUGACAUGCUAUCGGCGGCUCGAUGUCAUCGGGCAGCCGGCGCUACGGACGGACACCAUCGUCUUUGACCUGGACGAAACUAUUUCCCUGAUCACAGUCGACAUCCGGUCGGGUGACAGCGAUGCGACAAAGCGCUCCCACUGUGCUAUCUCGAUGGGCGGCGGCAAGGGAUUCGAUAAACCAGGAACUACACCAGCUACAGUUGAAGCGGUUCCCGACAAGAACGUAGAUGGGCAAAAGAGGAAACCGAAACGCGUGAGGUUCGAAGACGUAAAUGAUAGCACCAGUCCUUCGGCGUCUUUGCCCUCUUCGAGAAGAACGCCGUCGUUUGGCGAGCGAUAUUCAUCUCUAGGAUCGGCGUCAGCUAACAUAGGAGCGCAAGAGAGCUCUGCUUCUGACCGGCGCACACGCGACCAGCAUCAGGAGCUGCAGCAGCAGCAACAAUAUUCUGGGGUCGCGACUACCUUGGCCUUGCUGCCAGGGUUUGUAAAACUGGGCGGCAACUACCGAAUCGAAAGGCUACUGCACACAGUCCGCAUGGCGCAUAAUGCCGGUAUGAAACUCCUGCUGAUGACCAGAAAUCAAGGUGGAGUGUAUCGCAUCCUUUCCUUCCUGCGGAACUGCGUUCCCGGGUUGCUGCCCUACUUCAAGCAUAUAAUAUCGCUGCACGACAGCCACAUUGUGACCAAUCCAGACGUAAAGAAGUCGGUGAGAACUUUCCUACACGGCGUUACUAUUAGACACGACCACGGUUACCUGCACAGUCACGAUUGGGAGCGGUACGCAGCUCGGCUGGACGUCAGGGAGUUCCCUUUAGGCGCGCGCGAUCUGGGGCUGGAUGACGACGCUUUGCAACGCGCGCGAAACGGGUUUGAGGGACUUCUGCGCGCACUGUGGCCACCUGCGCGUAGCAAUCCGCACAGCGUCAAAAUUCCGGCCAUCAGUAAAGCGAGUCUGCUGCGAGUGCUCGCGCCGAAACUCCGACUGUCGGCGGAAAGAAUGCUGUUGGUUGAUGACGAUGUAAAUCAGCACAUCCCGAAUCUCGACGAGGUGUGGUUCCGCGGGGAUGAUAAACCGAGGAAAACUGGAUCUACAACUUCCUCGCGGGACAGAAGAGCAAUGCAGCCCCCGUCAUCUGUCGGCGGCGCGAAGAAGCGAAUGGAAGCCCUGAACGACGAACUUGUUUCUGUCAAUGGGUGGUCUCGGGCGAGCAUGAACGCGCCUGAAGUUGCAGCUGCUGAUCAACCGCAUUCGCGGGUGGUAGCGCCGUCUUCUCCACUUUCGCAGGAGGACCAACGCGCCGGCGGGCGGCACACACUCAGUCAGACAACCACAACUAUUCCGGUGCUCAGUGGAAUGUACGGCACGCAGGACACAAACUGCCUCGCCACAAGCAAAUCCAGGGCAAGGGGGACCGGCGUCAGCAAAAGCAGGACAACUGCAACAUCCACUACAACACCGUUCUUAGCUGCCUUCCAGCAGCUCGUCACAAUCAAUUCCCACGAUGCAGAUGUGAAAGUAAGGGCGGAUCCUGCGGACAACACUAGAACCACAGCUGCACUUCCUGGUCAGACGAGGACAGUCACCGGUACCUCCGUAAUUAGUCCGCAGCGAGUUGCGGCAGGUAGAAAAAAACUUUUCAGCACCGAUCUACAGGAGCCGCCAUUCGACCCACUGGGCUUUCUCAGUGGUCCCGAUGACGAUCUUUCCACUCAAGAUCCGACGACUGACGAAUCCCCCGAGGAUGAAGAAGUGCCUGAGGCAGACGAAUUUCGAAAUCCAAAGGCCAACGGCCCGCAAAAACCUGGAGCGCGAAGGAGAAUCUGUAGUACUGGAGCUACUCCGGCAAAAGUAAAUGAUGUACAGGAUGCGGAGCCUGACUGCGUCCAGCAAGAAGACCAAAUUGUAAAAGGCCUGGCUGCCCUUACUCUGCGCAAUGCUUACGAAAGGUGUCGUGAGGACCUCCGAGAGGUAGACGAGGAAGAUGUUGACGUGAUAAGUCUUGAUCAUUCCGCUCACGCACCGGUGGGUGUUUUGGACGUGGGAAAGAACCAUGCACCAGAUGGACAAAUGCACGACGGGGCAACGGGUCGAAACAGUAGUAGAUUCUGUGUGUACGAGUACACCUCCCUGGCAGACAUUGUACCAAGGACCAACGAGACGGCGCAGCCAUUAGCCGGAAACUGGAACGUCGCAAGACUGAACCAAAACCAACUACAAGCCAUCAACGCAUACACAACGAACAGGUGCAGCACUGGGGUUAAAAAGCUGGUCAAGAAGGUUUGCAAACGCUUGAACCCCCUGGCGGCCAGCGCAGGAGAGGACUGCUGCGGUAGUGUGAACUGGUGCUCUGGCGAGCGAGACUUCGAAGACGGGGACGAAGAAGUAAAGCCAUCGAGCAAGGAGAUCUGGAAGGGCAGACAGCAACGAGACCCGCAGCUCCUGGAGGAAGCAGAACGACGGCCUGGUGUUCCUGCGAGAAGGAAAUCAACCCAAAAGCAUGACACGCGGCUGCGCGAAGAAGAUUUACUGGCAGAAGACCAAAUGCUUCCGCGUGGCUGUCUCGUCCGCAAGUCCGAUGAAUUCGAAAAUUUGCUGCAUGCACUCUUCCCGUACGAGCCGCUACACCCGCUGGGAGGUAUCGGCGGCGGCAGGGCUGAGGGCGUUCUCCACUGGCCGGGGUCGCACCGGGAACACUUGGAUAACGAGUUUGGUUUGUUGGACUUCAUGAUCCAUGACACGGUCGGCCUCGAGGACAAGCUGAAGCCACAAGCAGCGCAACUACACCUCCACGACUAUGACAGCGACGAACUGGCACAGAUACGCCACGAGGGAAAGAUGCUUUCUGCCGCGUUGACACCCUACGUCGGAACAAGAUCUAUGUUGAGCAAAGAAUCUCCUGCCUCCGCAGGUGGAGAAGCAAGAAGCAGCAGCGCUGGGCAAGGCGCAGGUCCGGACCGGCAACCGCUUGGUUUAUCUAGUGGAAAAACUCGGGCGCCGGGACUCGGCAAUACUUUCGCCCGGAAAGUUCUAGACACGAACGACGAUGCGCACAAGGCACUGCGACAAGCAAGCGGCACGAAUGCUGACAAGUAUCUAAUUUAG